AUGACCUUUAUGUGCUUCCGCACUACCAAGGUGUCUACACUUUAUAAUUACCACCGAUUCCUGAGACUUCUCUUCAUCCUCAACGCAAUGUCUCUCGCUCGUCAAUUCUUCCGCGAAAUGCGCCCUCUCUUCCGAAUGGUGGAGGAGCCCUUGUCCCGCCCUCCUGCUUAUUACCCACUCAGUCGGCGAAUCGACCCUUUCGAGAACUUCUUCGCUGACGCUCGGCCUGCCAUUGAUAUCCACGACCAGGGGGACAAAUAUGUUGUAGAUGCUGAUCUUCCUGGAGUCAAAAAGGAGGACAUUCAAGUCCGUGUCGGUGAAGAUGGUCGGAGCAUCACUAUCGAAGGCCAGGUGGUCGAAACCAAUCGCCUAACUACGUCACCUGUUCAAACGGAGAAUACUUCAGAAGGCCUACAAGCUGGUGGAGACGCCACCACCGUGACCAAGACGGACGACACGAGCACACAGAUAUCCUCCGAACGCCAGUUCACUCGAAAUACUUCCUUCGCGAGGACUGUCUGGUUGCCGCGUCCCAUUGACGCUAGCAAUGUGUCCGCCAAAUUAAACGACGGUGUCCUGAGCAUCACCAUAAACAAAGCGGUGGAGAAGCUGGGUACUACCAUUCCCAUCGAGGACUAA